AUGAACCUGGUGGACAUGCACUACUUUGACCAGGACCCAAAGAAAGGAUACAAGGAAAUAAGUAGUGUCAGACUUUUAGGAAGCAUCUCUGACCUCAUCAAUCCCCCAGGGUACAACUCUGACCUCAUCAAACCCCCAGGGUACAACUCUGACCUCAUCAAUCCCUCAGGGUACAACUCUGACCUCAUCAAUCCCCCAGGGUACAACUCUGACCUCAUCAAACCACCAGGGUACAGCUCUGACCUCAUCAAUCCCCCAGAGUACAACUCUGACCUCAUCAAUCCCCCAGAGUACAACUCUGACCUCAUCAAUCCCCCAGAGUACAGCUCCGACCUCAUCAAUCCCUCAGGGUACAACUCUGACCUCAUCAAUCCCCCAGAGUACAACUCUGACCUCAUCAAUCCCCCAGAGUACAGCUCCGACCUCAUCAAUCCCUCAGGGUACAACUCUGACCUCAUCAAUCCCCCAGAGUACAGCUCUGACCUCAUCAAUCCCCCAGAGUACAGCUCCGACCUCAUCAAUCCCUCAGGGUACAGCUCUGACCUCAUCAAUCCCCCAGGGUACAACUCUGACCUCAUCAAACCCCCAGGGUACAACUCUGACAUCAAUCCCUCAGGGUACAACUCUGACCUCAUCAAUCCCCCCAGAGGUACAACUCUGACCUCAUCAAUCCCCCCAGAGUACAACUCCGAACUCGUCAAUCCCUCAGGGUACAACUCUGACCUCAUCAAUCCCCCAGGGUACAACUCUGACCUCAUCAAACCACCAGGGUACAGCUCUGACCUCAUCAAACCCCCAGAGUACAACUCUGACCUCAUCAAUCCCCCAGAGUACAACUCUGACCUCAUCAAUCCCCCAGAGUACAACUCCGACCUCGUCAAUCCCCCAGGGUACAACUCUGACCUCAUCAAUCCCCCAGGGUACAACUCUGACCUCAUCAAUCCCCCAGGAUUGGCUAACGGAGAGGUAGGAGCCAAACAGACUGGUACCCAGGCUAACGGAGAGGUAGGAGACAAACAGACUGUUACCCAGGCUAACGGAGAGGUAGGAGACAAACAGACUGUUACCCAGGCUAACGGAGAGGCUAACGGAGAGGUAGGAGACAAACAGACUGGUACCCAGGCUAACGGAGAGGUAGGAGACAAACAGACUGUUACCCAGGCUAACGGAGAGGUAGGAGACAAACAGACUGUUACCCAGGCUAACGGAGAGGUAGGAGACAAACCGACUGGUACCCAGGCUAACGGAGAGGUAAGAGACAAACAGACUGUUACCCAGGCUAACGGAGAGGUAGGAGACAAACAGACUGUUACCCAGGCUAACGGAGAGGUAGGAGACAAACAGACUGGUACCCAGGCUAACGGAGAGGUAGGAGACAAACAGACUGGUACCCAGGCUAACGGAGAGGUAGGAGACAAACAGACUGUUACCCAGGCUAACGGAGAGGUAGGAGACAAACAGACCGGUACCCAGGCUAACGGAGAGGUAGGAGACAAACAGACUGGUACCCAGGCUAACGGAGAGGUAGGAGACAAACAGACUGUUACCCAGGCUAACGGAGAGGUAGGAGACAAACAGACUGGUACCCAGGCUAACGGAGAGGUAGGAGACAAACAGACUGUUACCCAGGCUAACGGAGAGGUAGGAGACAAACAGACUGCUAUCCAUUUUACAUCAGCUACACUGACAUCUCUCUCUCCCUCUUCCUCUCCCUCUCCCUCUCCCCUCCAGAUCCUGGCUAUCCUGUCUAUCCUGUUCAUAAUUCUCUCCACUAUCGCCUUGUCCCUCAACACCCUACCAGAGCUCCAGGUGCUAGAUGAGUUCGGCCAGGCCAACGACAACCCCCAGCUGGCCCAUGUGGAAGCCAUCUGCAUCGCGUGGUUUACCAUGGAGUACCUCCUCCGCUUCCUCUCUUCACCCGACAAGUGGAAGUUCUUCAAAGGUCCCCUGAACGUCAUUGACCUGCUGGCCAUCCUCCCUUAUUAUGUCACCAUCUUCCUGACGGAAUCCAACAAGAGUGUUCUACAGUUCCAGAACGUUCGGCGCGUGGUGCAGAUAUUCCGGAUCAUGAGAAUAUUGAGGAUUCUGAAGCUGGCCAGGCAUUCCACAGGGCUGCAGUCUCUAGGUUUCACCCUGAGGAGGAGUUACAACGAGCUGGGACUGCUCAUCCUCUUCCUGGCCAUGGGCAUUAUGAUCUUCUCCAGCCUCGUCUUCUUUGCCGAGAAGGACGAAGACGCCACCAAGUUCACCAGCAUCCCCGCCUCCUUCUGGUGGGCCACUAUCACUAUGACUACGGUGGGUUACGGUGACAUCUACCCUCAGACUCUGCUGGGUAAGAUAGUCGGGGGUCUCUGCUGUAUCGCCGGGGUGUUGGUCAUCGCUCUGCCCAUCCCCAUUAUAGUCAACAAUUUCUCUGAGUUCUACAAGGAGCAGAAGAGGCAGGAGAAGGCCAUAAAGAGGCGGGAGGCCCUGGAGAGGGCCAAGAGAAACGGUAGUAUCGUCUCCAUGAACCUGAAGGAUGCGUUCGCCCGGAGUAUGGAGCUGAUGGAUGUAGUGGUGGAGAAAGGAGGAGAGGACAAGCUCUGUGUGGGCCUGGGCAACCACCUGUCCCCCAGCCGCUGGGCCAGCACACCCAAGUGCGCCGCCUCUGACACCAGUCUUCAUUCCCUGGAUAAGACGUUCCCCGAAUCCAUCCUCCUGGGAUCCACCCACCGCAUCACCAUCACAACCAGCAGCAGCCCCCAGCGGCGGCACCUCGGUAGCCCUCAGUUCAGAGGCGGUAUCCCCGAAUUCAGAGGCGGUACCUCUCAGCUUCUUAACGCUCAGAACCUAGAGUGCAUGUACAACGAGAUGGCCAGGUCUCAGUCCUUCACCAACCUCAACACUUCCUGCUCCCUGAGCACCGUGAGCACCUCAACCGCCUUCACCGCUACGACAUCCCCGGAGUUGCAGCAGCACCCGGGGUCCCCUCCUGCGCCGACCCCGACCUUACAGAAAGUAGAACUGGAGAUGCAGGAAGUCCUGCGCUCUUCUUCGUCUUUGACGGAGCUGAAGGAAGGUGACGGAAUACAGAGCCCGCCGAGCGUGGAUAGCAUCGCCACCUGCAGGGACGAGUUUGGGGAGGGUUCUAGAAGGAAGUUCCCUCCGACUCUGGAUCCCCUCCCAGAGUCGAGUGUCGAUGACGUCCAAAGCCCACAAGAUGCCACCCUCCUCAAAGACAGGAUGUAUGGGUUUGUUCCCUAUGACCAAGAUGGUGCCACAAAGUCCACCAGAGACGACGCAGAGAGCUUCAACAGAACUGUUGAGAACAUCCGGAAUUCCCUGAGAGGCAGCAUCAACCCUGUCGUCAAGGGAACCAAAGGGUUAAAGGUCAUUUUCAUCGAGGGCCCCCCCACCGAAGCCCCCCCGACGCCACCCAGCACCACCUCACCCCAGGACAUCAGCUCCAGCCUCCUGGAGGAUGAGUCCCCUGAGGGGGAGACCACACCGCUCCUCCCCAGCACAGAGGCCCUCGACCUGGGCACAGAAGACGAGAUCUUCCCCCUGUCCCCUGAGAGGCUGAUGGUAGUGGUGGACACCCCGCCAGGGGACGAGGACACCCUGGACCAGAGUCUCGGGGGUCAAGGGUUGACCAACGAGGAGAAGAACCUGAUGGAGACCGCAGGAGCGGCAGGAGGGGCAUCGGCGGGGAACUGCACCCAGGGUGUGGUGGGGGGAGGGGCAAGUGGGGAGGGUAAGGUCGACAUCAACCAAAGUGGACACAAAGCAGAGAACCACAUUUUCACACCAGAGAUCCCCCUGAUGACCGGGGAAAGCAGUAUGUCCCCAACCUGUGAAACCAGCAUGUGA